CAAAGAUCUGUACAAGGACGUCAUGAUGGAGGAUCACCGGCCUCUCACAUCACCAGUUAAGGAAGAGAGAACAACAACCGAGAGAUGUCCCAGUCCUCUUCUUCCACAGAAUAAUUCAAAAGGACAUCACUAUGUCCCACAGGAGGAUCAAGUAGAUCGAUAUAACAUCAUGAUGGAGAAUCACCAACCCCUCACACCACCAGUUAAGGAAGAUAGAAGAACACCGGCGGGAUGUCCAUGUCCUCUUCUUCCACAGGAUGGUUCAGAAGAACAUCACAAUGUCCCACAGGAUGAUAAGCUUGUGAAUCCGGGUGAAGAUCUGAACAAUAUUAAUCCUACAGAGACCUAUGUGAGGGGUGAUGAGCAGAGUACAGAGGACAUUCCUGCAGAUAACCGCCCAGAGGACUGUACCAGGAACUUAGAGAAACAUCUGGUAUCUUCAGAUCUUGAAGUUGAUGAUCGUGGUAUCAUACAAGAUAUAUAUGAAGAGCAUGCCAAUAUCCAAGAUAUAUCUUCAUCCAAUCACGGCAAAAAUGUAUUAUUUGAUCCUUUUGAACAGGUCCAAUCUUCUGAUUCAUCACAGACUGUAACACAGAAUAAAAGUCACAGAAAAGGUGUUAAACAUCCAACAGCUCAUGUAAGAGAGAAGACUUUUUCAUGUUUAGAAUGUGGAAGAUUUUUUAGAUAUAAAUCAGAAUUAGUGAUACAUCAGAGAAAUCACACAGGGGAGAAGCCAUAUUCAUGUUCAGAAUGUGGGAAAUGUUUUAAGUAUAAACAAGGUCUUGUUGUACAUCAGAGAAUUCACACAGGAGAGAAUCCAUAUCCAUGUUCAGAAUGCGGUAAAUGUUUUAAGCAUAAAUCAGCUCUUGUUAUACAUGAGAGAAAUCACACCGGGGAGAAAGCAUUUCCAUGUUCAGAAUGCGGUAAAUGUUUUAAGCUUAAAUCAGCUCUUGUUUUCCAUCAGAAAGUUCACACAGGGGAGAAGAAGCCAUUUUCAUGUUCAGAAUGUGGGAAAUGUUUUCACGAUAAUUCACAUCUUGUUAUACAUCAAAGAAUUCACACAGAUGAGAAGCCAUUUUCAUGCUCAGAAUGUAGUAAAUGUUUUAAGUAUAAACAAGCUCUUGUUGUACAUCAGAGAAUUCACACAGGAGAGAAGCCAUAUCCAUGUUCAGAAUGCGAUGAAUGUUUUAAGUAUAAAUCAUCUCUUGUUUUCCAUCAGAGAGUUCACACAGGGGAGAAGCCAUUUUCAUGUUCAGAAUGUGGGAAAUGUUUUCACAAUAAUUCACAUCUUGUUAUACAUCAAAGAACUCACACAGGUGAGAAGCCAUUUUCAUGCUCAGAAUGUAGUAAAUGUUUUAAGUAUAAACAAGCUCUUGUUGUACAUCAGAGAAUUCACACAGGAGAGAAGUCAUAUCCAUGUUCAGAAUGCGGUGAAUGUUUUAAGUAUAAAUCAGCUCUUGUUUUUCAUCAGAGAGUUCACACAGGGGAGAAGCCAUUUUCAUGCUCAGAAUGUGGAAAAUGUUUUAGGCACAAAUCAAAUUUUGUUACACAUCAAAAAACUCACACAGGGGAGAAGCCAUUUUCAUGUUCAGAAUGUGGGAAAUGUUUUAACAAUAAUUCACAUCUUGUUUUACAUCAAAGAACUCACACAGGUGAGAAGCCAUUUUCAUGCUCAGAAUGUAGUAAAUGUUUUAAGUGUAAACAAGCUCUUGUUGUACAUCAGAGAAUUCACACAGGAGAGAAGCCAUUUCCAUGUUCAGAAUGCGGUAAAUGUUUUAAGCUUAAAUCAGCUCUUGUUUUCCAUCAGAAAGUCCACACAGGGGAGAAGAAGCCAUUUUCAUGUUCAGAAUGUGGGAAAUGUUUUUACGAUAAUUCACAUCUUGUUAUACAUCAAAGAACUCACACAGAUGACAAGCCAUUUUCAUGCUCAGAAUGUAGUAAAUGUUUUAAGUAUAAACAAGCUCUUGUUGUACAUCAGAGAAUUCACACAGGAGAGAAGCCAUAUCCAUGUUCAGAAUGCGAUGAAUGUUUUAAGUAUAAAUCAUCUCUUGUUUUCCAUCAGAGAGUUCACACAGGGGAGAAGCCAUUUUCAUGUUCAGAAUGUGGGAAAUGUUUUCACAAUAAUUCACAUCUUGUUAUACAUCUAAGAACUCACACAGGUGAGAAGCCAUUUUCAUGCUCAGAAUGUAGUAAAUGUUUUAAGUAUAAACAAGCUCUUGUUGUACAUCAGAGAAUUCACACAGGAGAGAAGCCAUAACCAUGUUCAGAAUGUGGUGAAUGUUUUAAGCAUAAAUCAGCUCUUGUUUUCCAUCAAAGAGUUCACACAGGGGAGAAGCCAUUUUCAUGCUCAGGAUGUGGAAAAUGUUUUAGGCAGAAAUCAGCUCUUGUUACACAUCAAAAAACUCAGAGAGAAGCCAUCUCCAUGCUUAGCCCUUUAGUGACCUCACUUACGUGUUUUUAUGGUAGUCAGUGUCGCUAACUGGCUUUAUUCCGUCAGACACUCUUUUUUUUUUUUUUACACAGCGAUAAAACAGAACCUUGCUUUGAGUUACCAGAGGUAGUUGAGGGCUUGGAGUGAUGAUUGGGACCACUGUGAGAGCUCCCCAAACACGUAUUGAAUGAAUACCGGUCAUCAAAUGACAGAUCCAAUUAAAAGUGAAAGUUUAUACUGUGUGUAGAUAUAUAUAUAUAUAUAUAUAUAUAUAUAUAUAUAUCCCCUCUAAACAAAAAUGAGAGAGGAAAUAAAAAAAAAAAGCUAUAGCGGCUGAUAUAAAGAGAUAACUAUCUACCUAUUCCAGCCCCAGUCUGUUCUACCUUUUUAUAAGUAUUUGUAAAAUUAAAAACAUCAAAUAUGAGCUUGUCAAGAAACCAUCAGCUCUUACUGGGUUUCAUCAGUGAUGUGCAAGUUCUCCCAACAAGUGAUCCAGGCAAGGAUUGCCUCAUUACAUAGAAGCCAUUACUCAUCCUCCUAAAGGAAUAUCAUCUUAGUCUGUACACCCUGACCAAAAUGUACCUGUAGAUAAACCCAACAAGUGGGGUCCCCGCCACCCCUGUAUUUGUAGAAGUCAUGUGGUUCACUCAUCUCAAAUGAAUUUACCAGUGGGGGAAUCCUUGGUUAUUUUCUUCUUUGUAUGUUCCCACCAGCUCUGGAUUGUUUAAGUUUUAUAAUUGAAGACUUGUUAUUAAAUAUUUGUAUUGGAUAUAUUGAAUUUUUAAUCAUUUUGUUUCCUAUGACUAUUUUCAUUCCUAUUAUUGUAUGGUGAUAUUG